AUGAGGGACGGGGAAGAGGAGGAGGAACUGCUUAUGCACCCGGGGCCUUUCUUCAGCGAGGGAGGCAGAUUGACGGAGGAGCGAGAGGUUGCUCUCUGGCGGCCACAGGGCGACUCCCAGUGGCUAAAUGAGGAAAGCGACUGUAGCCAACGCAGCGCAAUGAGCUGUAGAAGUCGAACGACAAACGCAGUUCUGCAGCUCGGCGAUCCUGGCGCACCAACCAAGCAGCGGUGUGGGAAAAAGUACCUUUGCAGCGAUGCCGAUGAAACUCCCAUCAGCAACAGCAGACCAGCACUCUACCAUAACCUUGAUUUUUUACGUGACGGCAGCAGUGUUUCAUUCCCAUGUGAAUCCUCAGCUCCCUCCCAUAUUACGCCCCUUGAAGAGGCGGGGGAGUCUGUUGACCUCGCCAAUCAUUUGUCGCACUUGGUUGUGGCCGUGUCGCCAAUCCAGAAGCGGCUGCUCUUUACGGGCGCCCUAGACGAUGCGGUCGAAGUCCCUCCUGUAAACGAGGAGGCCAAAGGCGUCGGUCGCGGGAUGCGGUUGCUCCGUCGAGGAAAGCGGUUUCUUGAGGAACUAGAUGCGAACCGCGAUGCCGCCAACUCGGACUCGACGUCGCGUGCAAUGACACGCGAGUCCCACCGAAAGUUCCGGCGCAUAGAUGUAGGUGGGGGUGAGGGCGCGGGCUUUGGCGGCCGCUUUUACAGCCGCUGCCAGCAAGAACGUUGA